GCAGGAGCUAUGGAGGGGGAUUAAACUGACAACCUUAAUAUAUAAAAAAAACAACAGAAUAGGAACUAUCCAAGUGAAGCCGGCUUUGGGAAUCUUAUUUUUUCAUAGACAUGGGGACAUGGAUUAUGGAUUGACAAGGAAACCACAUUUUAAACUGCUGUUGGCAACGCUUUAUAUUUUGCCAACCUUGAUUUACGGACAGAAUUGGGAUCUGCAGGGCAACAUAGUGAUUGAAAAGGGAGUCGUAACUCGUUCUGUGACUCUUUCCUGCGCUUUGGUUGACCCUCCUUACAUUUUUAUCUGGAAUUUUAUCAAAUUUGGGACAGACAAACCUAUACCAAUUGCUCAAAAUUACGGAGUGCGGGACAAUGCAGCAAUAUUGGGAGAUGUUACCCUGUCAGGUAGUGACCUUAUGAUCAAUAAUCUGCAGCUGGCAGCCGAAGGACGCUAUAUGUGCCAAGUUAUUAACAAGAAUGACGAGAAAGGAGAAUUCACAACCGUCUACAUCGACUUAACAAUUUUAGUUCCGGUUCUGAAGCCGAAUCUACAAAUUAACGACUCAGUCCCAGUGGAAGGGUCACCAGUAUUGCUGACCUGUACAGUUAGAGAUGGCACAGGUCCUAUUGAAUAUGUCUGGAACAGACACACAGUUAAAGAGGGUACAUUCCCUGUCACAGAGGCUACUGGAAACCUGGCUAUCCUGACAGCAGUUAACCGAUCACACAUUGGCUGGUACACCUGCACUGUCAUAAAUGAGGUCAAUGAAGAGACUAGUGACAGAGUUUACUUGGAUGUCAUAUAUGGUCCGGAUGAACCGAGCAUCAACAUCCAGCCAUAUGCCAUAAGCCAAAAUGGUUAUGCUGCCAAUGAGCAGGAAGAAGUUACGCUCAGCUGCUCAGCGCCCUCCAACCCACCUUGCCAUUACAUCUGGUUUUAUAACAGCUCUCAGGUCUACUCAGGUCACAUGUAUAUUAUUCCUCGGAUCUCCAGGAAACACAGUGGCAUGUACACAUGUCUGGCACAGAAUACCCAGCUCAACACUCGAACCCAACUGACGAUCAGUCUCACUGUCUUUUAUCUACCAGAAGGAUCACCCUCCUGCACAGCUUUAGCACAUAAUAAUUACCAGGAAGUAGCUCUCUGGUGUUCAUGGGAUGGGGGACUUCCACUGGCGCAGCUUCGAUGGUUGAAAUCAAAUAAUGAUGAAAAUGAAAUUGUUACAAAUUCCAAUGCAACCAAGAUUUUAAAAGGAGUUGAUAUUCUGAAUGGGAGCACUUAUACAUGUGCUAUCUCUCAUCCAGGCCUCCAGCAAGAUGUGAUCUGCAGAACCACAGUAUCAGUUCCUUCAGGUGGUCCCAACUGCUCUACAGUAGCUACAAAGCAAAAUGAGUUUAUCAUGCUGACUUGUGAGUGGCAAGGAGGUGUUCCAAAGGUCAUGCUUGAGUGGAACAAUAAACAGAUUGGAGACUCAAAGGAAUCUUCCAACAUAUAUGUUUUCAAGUCCAAUACUACAUAUAAUGGCAAGCUGUUUACCUGUACAGCCCUUCAUCCUAUGAAUACAGAACCAAAGGAAUGCCAUGUCCAGCUUGAGGCUCCAAGCUUGGAUACAUAUGAAAAAGAUGUUUCCAUACUUGAAGGAAAUGAUGCUCAAUUGACCUGCUACCUGAAAGACGCAAACCCAAAAUCAGAAAUGAUUUGGUACGACAAAAAGAGCAAGGAGAUAAUUCCAGAUUCACAAAAAUAUGGCAUAUUUAAAGAAAAUCAAUGGUCCAAUUUAACUAUCCGAGAAGGAGAGUGGGAUGUCGACUCUGGAAAGUAUACAUGCAUGGCUCUUAAUGCAGUGGGGAACUCUUCUCUAUUAGUUCAACUUCAAGUACAAAAAUAUCCAACGCCUCCCAAUGUGACCAUCAGUAAACUUAUAUACAGCAGACAGAGGACAGAAGUAGAUUUGGAAUGGAUGACCCAGGGAACAGGUGAUUUGACUGGCUUUAUGGUACAGAGGCAGGCCAGCAUUCGCUCAUUCUCCGGACCUAGAAGGUCAGUGCAGACUCCUGCGUGGGACACUGUGGCUAGCAGCAUAGAACCAGAUGUCCGAGGACACAAGCUUGGAGGAUUAGAUCCUUCUAUUGUAUAUGCCUUCAGGAUACUAGCUGUCAAUCACAGAACUACAGGAUUCCCUUCCGAAGUGAAAACACCAGCUGAUCCUCCAUUUAAUGCCUAUCCUGCGGUCAUCGGGGCUGCUGUAGCUGGCAUGAUAGUGGCAGCUGUUGCCAGCCUUCUGGUGUUUCAGUAUAUUGUCAGGAACCGUGAAAACAACCCACCAUAUUUCAAAUUUGAUGCUAGCCUUGAGCUUCUGUUUGAAUUCAUUACUUGA